AGAAUGGGAGGUCAUUUGUCACAUUUGGAACGAGAAAAGCACAGUGAAAAAUUGAAUGCCACCUGUGGUCCAAUUCAGGGGAAUGUUUAUCGAAUUGGUGAUAAAACAGUGGAUGGGUAUCUGGGAAUACCCUUUGCAAAACCACUUGUACGAUUCAAGAAACCAGAACCGGCGGGGACUUGGGAAGAAGUCAGAGACUGCACAAAAUAUGGCCCGAGAUGUCCACAAUCCGGACCAUUUGCAGAGGCAAUCAACUUUCAGAAAGAUGAUAUUCCCGAUGAAGCUAACUGUCUGACACUGAAUGUAUUUUCCAAAAUAUCUGAUUCUAAGAACUUUAAUAAAACCCGCCCCGUAAUGGUAUACAUCCAUGGUGGAGGAUAUGAAUGUUCAGCAUCGAGAGAUUAUUGUGAUUACUCUGUGGCUGGAACCCUUCCGCUUAAAGACGUUGUCGUAGUCACUUUAAAUUAUCGAGUUGGAAUUCUUGGCUUUUUCACUACAGGAGAUACCGUAUGCCCUGGCAAUUUUGCAUUAUGGGAUCUUACACUUGGCUUGAAUUGGAUUCAAAAACAUAUUGAAUCAUUUGGGGGUGAUCCCGGAAAUAUCACAAUAUUCGGGCAAAGUGCUGGCGCGGCAUGUGUGGAUCUUCUUGCAUUGAGCCCACAUUCUAGAGAUUUAUUCAAUCGUGUCAUAGUUAUGUCUGGUGGUGCUCUGUGUGAAUACGCGGUUCGAACGGCAAACAGCCAGGCAAAGGUAUGUUACGAAUUUGCUCGUCAUCUUGGAUAUGAUGGUACCAAUUCUCAAACUCUUUUCAAUUGGAUGAAAUCAAAACCACUAGAAGAAAUCGAAAAAAUGAACGGGUUUCAAGUUCCAGCAUCUGGAAUUCUUGCUUGGACUCCUAAUUUAGAUGACGACUUCUUUCCAAAAUCACUUGAUGAGCUGAGAAUAGGAGCACCAAAGAAGGAUAUUAUGAUGGGAUUUGCUGAGCACGAAGGGCUCUUUUUUGAGUUUUUAAUAAAAGAUCCGACGCCGCCCCUAGAAGCGCUAAAACUAUAUGUGAAUGAAUAUUAUAAGAAAGAUACUGGAGAUCAUUUUGAAGCUACACGAAAUAAAAUUAUUGAAUUUUAUUCACGAAAUGUUGAGGAUACCGAUGAGAAAAGUACCAAAGAGCGAUUGAUUGAUUUUGUGGGUGAUGCUCUAUUCACCGCUGGAGUUUUUGAUAACGCCAAGAAUUGCCUCAAGCAUGGUAAUAACGUAUGGCUCUAUAUUUUCGAUUAUUGCAACCCUUCUGGAUUCGGGAAUCAGGAAGAAUUUAUGACAUUCGUUGCCCCAACGCAUUGUACAGAUUUACGUUAUGUUCUUGGAGAAGGACUGUACAGUGAUUUCCAGCCAACAGAGGAAGAACAUAAAAUGAUUGAAAAAAUGACUACGAUCUACUCCAAUUUCGCAAAAUACGGAAACCCAAACGAACAUGGGUCAUCGGAAUGGGAAAAGUUCACAUUGGACAAUCCACGUAGGCAUUUCCAAAUUUCGUAUCCACGUGGAAAAAUGAGGAAUGAUUAUCAUCCAGAUAGAAUGAAGUUUCUCGAAUUAAUUCGAGCGAAAAAUCAGAACCUGGAAAAUGUGGUUUAUGGCCGUGGUUUGAAUUCUUAAAAUGGCAAUGUUUCGAACAAAGUAAAACUCUUGCAUUU